UUAUUACUUGGUCAUUCGACUCCUUCGUCUUCCUGCGCCCCUCUUCUCCGGGUCUAGGGUUUGCUGCUCCCCCUCCCCGCCGCCGCCGCCUCCGCCUCCGCCGCUCAGAUGGGAGGCAAGUGCCCGCACCGCAAGGUCAAGAAGCGCCGCCUCUCGCACAAGACGGCCCGCCGAGGCAAGUUCCUCGUCAAGGCCGACGACGCCGUCUACGACGAGCUGGUCAAGCUCGCCGACGCCGGCAAGGACGCCGACGCUACCCAGCUCCCCGUCGACGAGGACCUCCCCGGUAUGGGACAGUUCUACUGCCUCCACUGCGAUCGCUACUUUGCAAGUGAGAGUGUCAAGGAGGAGCACUACCGCUCAAAGCGCCACAAGAAAAGGAUCAAGCAAAUGUCAGGGCCAGCCCCACAUACUCAACUUGAUGCAGAGCUUGCUGCUGGAAUGGGGAUGCCUGACAAUGGCCUGAAGCUCAUGUCCAUGUGAACCUCUUCUUGUUCCUGGUUUUUACUCAUAUGUUUUUGUCACUGCCGUACGUAUGUACUUGCUCUGCUUAGUAGUUAAUGGAGUUGACUUGAUGGUGUCUGUUGGUCCAAGAAUUUACUUUUAAGAAGCCAAGGGUUACUCUGUUUUGCCUGCCUCAUUUUGUCUCGCUUCUGAUUGAAUAUCAGUUACCUCAGUCAGUGCUUGGGAUCAAAA